AUGGACAAUUGCAAGAACCUCUUCUUGGCUGGAUCUGAAGCUCCUGCUGUUGCUGCAAUGUGGGUGAUAUUUGUGUCAAGGAAAGCCUUGGAAAAUAUAAAGGUGGGGGAAAUGUGGGUUCCAAAAGGUGUAAAUAUAUGGAUAUGGAUGCUAGAGUUGCAUCGAGAUCCUAAACUUUGGGGACCUGACACUCACAAGUUCAACCUUGAAAGGUUUGCUAAGGGAGUCAUCGGGGCUUGCAAGUGUCCUCAAGUCUACUUGCCAUUUGGUGUUGGUGGCCGAGUAUGUCCUGGACAAAGCUUAGCCAUGGUAGAGAUGAAGAUCCUUUUGGCUCUAAAUAUAUCCAAUUUUGGUUUGCUUUUGCAGCCUAAGCAUGGUGUAAAUCUUCUAAUACAAAAAAUAUGA